UCAAAGAGGCCUGUGAACGGUUCUAUAAAGCGCCAUCUGGAUCGUGUGAUGUAUUGGCGUCGGACAGAGGUCCAUCGUGUACGAAAAUGGAACAGCUGAGAGGAAAGAAAGUUUAUUGUAUUCGUUUUCUUGAACCAAAGCAAGACCCAAUUGGAAAGCAGGAAGUAGCUGCUAGCACRAAAUCCGUUCCAGUGUCWCCUUCUAAAAGAGUCAAGCAAGCUAGCCCCCUUGACGAUCAACCCAAGACAGUUUACCCAAAAUCUGUUUCGUUAGGCGACCUUUUAAGGACUGGUAAACUCGUGAAACCUCCACAAGUAUUAACCUUGAAGCUAGAAUGGUUUGACGUCGAGAACUGCAAAUGGAUAACCAUCCCUUCAAUUGAUGUAGAUAUAGAGAAAAGCAGUUUCGCAAGUGGUGCUUUUCGAGACGCUUUUAAAGCAAAAUGUACAAAGAAGACCARUUUGGGAGACAACUGGGUCAUCAAAAAGUACUCGAAGGAGUCCGUCGACACUAUUACCAACACGCUCAAAAUGCCUCUAGAGAACCACACUCGUAAACAAGUACAAAUGCACGCUGUUGCAAGAAAUAUUACCGCCCGCUUUGCGACAAAAGUGCCCGUAGAAUUUGGUUCUGUAUUUAAGUACGGAAAGGUUUACUAUUCUACGUGGAACGGAUGUCCCGUGACAGUGGAAGAGUUUGUGCCUGGUGAUUUUUCCAAGUACGUCAACAAUGAUGGACACUGCGUUGUCUCCCCUUGCAAGGAAUAUGAUGAAAUAUUCGAAAAAGCGCAGUGCCUCACGCAUUUUAGCUAUCUUUAUUCAAGGAAAACGUUGAUGGUCUUGGAUAUUCAGGGCUCGAAGUAUCAGCUAUAUGACCCAGAAAUGGCGACAGCAGAGCUGAAUGAAGAUGAUGAAUUCGAAGAAAGCGAUGAAAGUGGUGAAUUCUUCUUUUGUGCGGGGAAUCUCUCAUCCUUAAGCACUGAUCGCUUCAUAGAAGAGCACAAGUGUAAUAAGUACUGUGAGAUGAUGGAGCUUCAAGAGUUAGAGUAAACUAAGAACAGAAAAGAAAUGCACAUGUUGAAAUGUUGAGUCAGCCAGGCCCAGUAUAAGCGGCGGACUUUAUCAUAGUACUGAAAGUUCAUGAAAAGUUCGCCGUUUGAAAGGGGCUCAAAAUUUAGAAUAAAAGUGCGAAGUCCUGUAGUAUCUUACGAAAA